AUGCCUGUUUGGGUUCCUCCAAUCGCCAACACCUCCUCACUUCUUCUUUCUUGCUCCUCCCUCUGCCUCUUUUCGUCUCACUUCCCCUCUACGACAUCACUUAUCAACUGCAUCCUCCCACAAUAUCGGCUGCUUAUUCGCUAUGCUGCCCGCCACACACAAGUCUACCAUCGUCGCAACGCAGUACCACUCACCGGUUGGCUUGCGGAGGCCUUUGGCCGGAAACCUUUGAUGCUCGCCUGCAUCGUGUUCUUUGGUGUCGGCAGUGGUAUCGCCGGCGCCGCCGAAUCUGGGAUCUCCGCCACCCGCGCCGUCCCGUCUUCGUGGUGCUGGGACCCGAGCGCGACCAAUGAACCAGGAUGUGCCUUCAGAGACUGGCCGUCACGAGGGGAGACGAUCCGCAGAAAACUGGCCAUCAAGGGGGUGGGUGGUGGAGGCGUGCCUCUCGUGGCCGAGCUGAUCAUCAGGGACAUGGUCCCCCUCCCCGAGCGCCCGAAGAUGCUGGGCAUAGUCAUGGCGACUUCCUAUCUGGGUUUGGUUCUGGGUCGGGUCAUCGGCGGUGUUGUGGUUGGCUAUACCACCUGGAAGUGGAUUUUCUGGAUCAAUUGUCCCCUGGCUGUUGCCUCCGCCCUCUGUUUAUUUCCUAUUCUGGGGCGCCGGACUCAGCAACAACGCGAUGCCGCCACUAACCUAGCUGCGAUCGCCCGCCGCUUCGACUGGGUCGGAAACUUCUUACUGCCGGCUAGUACCAUCUCGAUUCUCCUCCCCCUAACCAUGGGUGGAAAGAUGUAUGACUGGUCUUCUUUCCGCGUCAUCCUUCCGCGAGCCCUAGGCGCGCACCGGAAUGAGCUCUGCGCUACACAAGCUCGACAAAACCCUCAAGGCUGUGGCGAGAGCGGUGCCCCCAGUUUGGAGGACCACCCCAAUCCCGAUUCUUCACAGGGAGUCAGGCAUCCCGCCGGCCCAGGUCGCCCUGGCACAGAUCCGCCUCCGCAAUGCCGCGCAGACACGCAAGCCUCGGCCGACGAUGCCCGCUAA